AAAGCUUCUCUUCUACUUUGCAUCCGCAACAAUUGCUCAUCAUAAUAUUCACCACUCCCACUAGCCCUUUCAUCUCUCUCUCAAUUGUGUUUCUCAUCAAUGGAGAUCAGACCGCUUAAACUUUCCUAUCAUCUCCCAUUGAUGCUUAUCUUUACAGUCUACAUUUCAGUUUCCGCGGCGAAGCAAGCGGCGGCGGUGGCUCCGUCGCUCAAAACCGAUGCGGCGGCCCUUAUCGCCUUCAAAGAGAUGAUCGAUAACGACCCGACCGGAGUUUUGUCGGGCUGGAAGCAUGAAACGAGUCCAUGCGUCUGGUAUGGAGUUAAAUGUUCAUUAGGAAGAGUGGUUCAGCUUGAACUUAACCAGUGCAGCCUGUAUGGGACCAUCUUUUUCAAUCCUUUGGCUUCUUUAAACAUGUUGUCUGCUUUGGUUUUGUCUGGGAACAUGUUCACCGUAAAUUCAACCACUUUGGUGUUCCUCCCUUACGGACUGAAGCGUCUCGAGUUGUCCGACACCGGUCUCGUUGGUCCGUUCCCUGAUAACUUCUUCUCCAAGCUACCAAAUCUCCAAUAUGUCGAUUUGUCACAUAGUAAUCUAACAGGGUCUUUACCUGGUGAUCUCUUGUUGCCAAACCCUGAUAAGUUGCAGGUUCUUGAUCUUUCGUUCAACAACAUAACAGGGUCCAUUUCAGGGCUGAAAUUGGAGAACUCAUGCAAUUCGUUGUUGGUCCUUGAUUUGUCCGGUAAUCACAUCGUCGAUUCGAUCCCCGAUGGUCUCUCCAAUUGCACCAAGCUCACCGCAUUGAAUCUCUCGUCCAAUUCCCUCACCGGUGAGAUCCCGAGCUCUUUUGGAGAGCUUAAAGGGUUACAAAGGCUCGACCUUUCUUCUAACCAUCUCACCGGUUGGAUACCUUCCGAGUUGGGGAAUGCAUGUGACUCGCUCUUGGAACUCAGGCUUCCUUACAACAACUUGUCUGGUCCUGUUCCUGGCUCAUUGUCUUCAUGUUCUUACCUGCUGCUUCUUGAUUUGUCUAAUAACAACAUAACGGGUCCUUUCCCGGAUUCUAUCCUCCAGAAUUUUGGUGCACUAGAGGCCUUGUUAUUGAGUAAUAACAUCAUCUUGGGUCCGUUUCCGUCUUCCAUUUCGUAUUGCAAGAGCUUGAGAAUUGUGGAUUUGAGUUCGAAUAAAUUCUUUGGGACCAUCCCACCUGAUAUAUGUCCUGGAGCUGCAGCACUUGAGGAGCUGAAGAUCCCGGACAAUCUUAUAAGAGGACAGAUCCCAAGUCAACUGUCACAAUGUCCCCAUUUGAGGACAGUUGAUCUCAGUUUAAACUAUCUCAACGGAUCGAUCCCGGCCGAGUUGGGGGUGCUUGAGAAUCUUGAGCAGCUGAUAGCAUGGUUCAAUGAGUUGGAGGGACAAAUCCCGAAAGAAUUGGGAAAAUGCAGUAAAUUGAAAGAUCUCAUCCUUAACAACAAUCGACUCAGUGGUGAGAUUCCUGUUGAGUUAUUCAACUGCAGCAAUCUCGAAUGGAUAUCUCUCACGAGCAACGAGCUCACCGGCUCGAUCCCUCGAGAAUUCGGCAUGUUGUCAAGGUUAGCUGUUCUUCAGCUGGCGAACAAUAGCUUGAGUGGUGAAAUACCAGGAGAGCUAGGGAACUGCACUAGCUUGGUUUGGUUAGAUAUAAACAGCAACCAGCUCACCGGAGAAAUCCCACCUAGACUUGGCCGACAGCUCGGGGCUAAAUCCUUGAGUGGAAUUCUUUCAGGCAACACUCUGGUGUUUGUAAGGAACGUCGGGAAUUCGUGUAAAGGCGUCGGAGGGCUGUUGGAGUUUGCUGGUAUUAGGCCUGAAAGACUAUUGCAGAUAGCAAACUUGAAAAGCUGUGACUUUACAAGGAUGUAUUCCGGGGCAGUGUUGAGUCUCUUCACACAAUACCAGACGUUGGAGUAUUUGGAUCUCUCGUACAACGAGCUCCGAGGGAAAAUCCCGGAUGAAAUCGGUGAAAUGGUGGCCUUACAAGUUCUUGAAUUAGCACAUAAUCAGCUAUCCGGAGAGAUUCCCUCGUCGCUUGGCCAGCUAAGGAAUUUAGGUGUGUUUGAUGCAUCACAUAACAGGCUGCAGGGCCAAAUCCCAGAGUCAUUCUCCAACUUAUCUUUUCUGGUGCAGAUCGACUUGUCGUAUAACGAAUUAACCGGUCCAAUUCCACAAAGGGGUCAGCUGAGUACACUUCCGGCCACUCAGUAUGCUAAUAAUCCAGGACUUUGUGGAGUUCCAUUGCCCGAAUGUCGAAAUGGAAACAAUCAAGCUCCUACAAGCUCAGAUUUAGAUGGCAAAAGAAGUAGGAAGGCUGCUGCUGUUUCAUGGGCUAAUAACAUUGUCCUUGGGAUCCUUAUCUCCAUUUCUUCUAUAUGCAUUUUGAUCGUAUGGGCGAUUGCGAUGCGCGCGAGGCGGAGGGGAGUCGAGGAAGUCAAGAUGCUUAACAGAUUGCAAGCAGUUCAUGCGGCUACGACAUGGAAGAUCGAGAAAGAGAAAGAACCGCUGAGCAUCAAUGUCGCAACGUUUCAGAGACAGUUAAGGAAGCUAAAGUUCUCCACACUCAUCGAGGCUACAAAUGGUUUCUCAGCAGCAAGUCUCAUAGGUAGCGGCGGGUUCGGAGAAGUGUUCAAAGCCACUUUGAAGGACGGUUCAAGUGUUGCGAUCAAGAAACUAAUUCGAUUGAGCUGCCAGGGCGAUCGAGAAUUCAUGGCUGAAAUGGAAACGUUAGGGAAGAUAAAGCACAAGAAUCUCGUGCCAUUGUUGGGGUACUGCAUGAUAGGAGAGGAAAGGCUGCUUGUGUAUGAGUUCAUGGAGUACGGCAAUCUCGAAGAAAUGCUCCUCGGAAGAGCAAAGGCUAGAGAUCGACGGAUAUUAACAUGGGAGGAGCGGAAAAAGAUCGCUCGGGGUGCCGCGAAAGGACUCUGUUUCCUCCACCACAAUUGCAUCCCUCAUAUUAUUCAUAGAGACAUGAAGUCAAGCAAUGUGUUAUUAGACCAUGAAAUGGAAGCCAGGGUCUCAGAUUUCGGAAUGGCAAGGCUCAUAAGUGCCCUUGACACUCACUUAAGUGUGAGCACACUUGCAGGCACACCAGGUUAUGUCCCACCAGAAUACUAUCAAAGUUUCCGAUGCACGGCAAAGGGAGACGUCUAUUCGUUCGGAGUCGUCCUCCUGGAACUCUUGACCGGAAAGCGCCCGACCGAUAAAGAGGACUUCGGGGACACCAACUUGGUGGGGUGGGUGAAAAUCAAGGUGAGGGAACAAAAGCACAUGGAAGCGAUAGACCCCGAAAUACUGCUGGCGACUAAAGGAACAGACGAAGCCGAAGCCGAAGAAGUUAAAGAGAUGAUGAGGUACUUGGAGAUAACACUGCAAUGCGUCGAUGACUUCCCUUCGAAAAGGCCUAACAUGUUGCAGGUGGUGGCAUUGCUAAGAGAGCUGAUGCCUGGAUCAGCCAAUGGAAGCAGCAACAGUGCUUGAACAAUAAGGUAUUGUUUUAUUUGAUCAUUAUGGUUAAUGUAAAAAGAUAAAAAAGUUUGUAAUAUUUAUAAGAGCUUAUUGUUUUUUGCUUAUGCAAACUAUUAAGAGCUUAUAGCAUAGAUGGAAACAACUCUAGAGACAAUUCAUGUUGCAGAAGAAAAUCCAUCUGUUCAUACCAACA